UGGUAACAUCCUCAAACAAACUUAACAUUUUCAACUUUAACUUAACCAAAUGGGUUUGUCAUUGGUGAUUUUUCCAGUCUUCCUCUGCAUUAUAACGGCUGUUAUUGGUCUUCCUUAUGAACAUCAGAAGAUUACAUCUUUGCCGUUCAACAAGGAACAAAGUGGAGGAAUAGCUUAUAAGUGGAACUAUAUGGUUGAAAAUCAGUGCAAGCAACAUCAAUAUGUUUCAUCAGAAGGAGAAGGAGCACCAACAUGCUUUGCAUCGACUGAUUGUCCGACCGCCCCAGAGUUGUGUGAUCACUUCUGCAAAAUUACACUAGCCGCUAGUGGUGGAUAUUGUAGAAAUGGGGAGGGCACAUGUUGUUGCAACAAGAUAUAAGUAACAUCUCUAUUUGUAAUUGAACAAUGGCGAGUUUUUUUUUUUUUUUUUUUCGUUUCGAUUCAGUAAAUUAACGAUUUCAAAAUAUUAUAAAAUGUUUGAAUAUGAAGCAUAAUUUAAUGCAUAUGAUUUAUUCUAUGAA